UUUAUCAGCUCCGGCGACAUGGUGGCCGUGGCGGUCUCGUGGGGAUGGUUCCUGGGCGCCGUCCCUCUGCUCUGCCUCGCCUUCUGGCACGCCGCCGACGCGUGGUACCGCGCCGUCUUCUUCCUCAAGCAUCGCAGCGGGAAGGGCGCCAAUGGCAUCCGCCCUCGCCUCCCGCCGGGCCACAUGGGCCUGCCGUUCCUCGGCGAGACCAUGUCCCUGCUCUGGUACUUCAAGCACGUGCGCCGCCCCGACGAUUUCAUCGGCGCCAAGAGACGUGCUUACGGCGGUGAGAAGGUGGGGAUGUACCGGACACACCUGUUCGGGUCCCCCACCAUCGUGGCAUGCAUGCCGGCAACCAACAAGUUCAUCUUCCAGGCCGGCAGCGACACCUUCGGCAUUCACUGGCCCGUGCCGGAGCUGGUGGGGCUAAGCUCGAUAGUGAACGUCGAGGGAAGCAACCACACCAGGGUGAGAGGGGUCAUCCUUGGUGCCAUCAACCGGCCAAGUUCGCUCCGCACUAUCGCUGCCACCGUGCAGCCGGGUGUUGUGGCCGCGCUCAACUCGUGGGCCGACAUGGGCACCAUCGUUGCCUCCAACGAGGCCAAGAAAGUGACUUUCACGAACAUAUGCAAGAUGUUUAUAAGCAUGGAGCCAUCGUCUCUGACCGUGAAGAUGGACCAGUGGUUCACUAGCUUGGUCGCAGGACUCAGGGCAUUUCCGUUGGAUUUUCCAGGAACAGCGUGCCAUGAUGCUCGCAAGUGCCGCCGGAAGCUAAAUACGGUGUUCCAGGCGGAGUUGGAGGACAGGAAGAAUACAAAUAAAAAGUACGAUGAUGUGAUGAGUGGGUUUAUGGAAUUGGAGGACGAGCAAGGGAAGAAGCUAAGCGAUGAUGAGGUGGUGGACAACAUUGUGUCUGUAGUUGUCGCUGGCUAUGAGUCCACUGCAAGCGCCAUCAUGUGGGCCACAUACCACCUCGCCAAAUGCCCCGACGUCCUUGCCAAGCUCCGAGAGGAGAACAUGAUGAUGAGCAAAAGAAAAGGUAGGUCGUCUUUUAUAACACACGAUGACAUUCCAAAGAUGAAAUACACCACAAAGGUGGUGGAGGAGACGAUCCGAAUGGCCAACAUCGCGCCCAUGACGCACCGUGUAGCAAAAAGGGACGUGGAGUACGGUGGGUACACCAUACCAAAGGGGUGGCAGGUGCUGGUGCUGGUGAGAUCACUCCACACCGACCCAAACUACUACGAGGAUCCACUCACCUUCAACCCCGACAGAUGGGAUGAACCAGCCAAACCAGGGACAUACCAGGUGUUCGGAGGCGGGAACAGGAUCUGCCCCGGCAACAUGCUUGCGAGGUUGCAACUCACCAUCAUGCUCCAUCACCUCUCCAUCGGUUACGAAUGGGGGCUCCUAAAUCCUAACACGGAAAUUGACUACCUUCCACACCCAAAGCCAGUGGAUGGCGCAGUGAUGAACUUUCGUAAGCUUGCGACAAAAUGAUCAAGCCUAUGAUUGCCAGUAUAUAUCGAGAAGCUGCAUCUGCUUAAUUAUCCCCAUCAAUAUAGCCAAAUAUAUAAGUAUAUGUUAAUUUGGCCUUAUUAUAUGAUCAUGUUAGAUCAACAACUAUCUUAAUAUUGUAUCUCCGUAGUCCCACAAGAG